CUCCUGAUUGUCUCGGUUGCACUGGGUUGCACCAGCAUGGCAGCGUGUUUACGUCUUCUUCUCAUUAUAAGAAUAUCUCUACUUCUUUUCGUCAACACCGACGCACGAAAGAGAGCAUAAUCACAAGGAAUGCGUUCGCAUCGAAGAUCAUCCACGAAGAUCACCGUUUUAUCGACUCGGUUCGCGCAUCCGCGAUUUUUCAUCGAGUCGCAUAGUAGUGGUGCCGCAUUAAUAGAAGCAGAAGCAGCAGCAGCAGCAACAGUCGAAAUCGUCCCGCGAAGAUUCUUGUAACCUCCCUACUGAGGUGGUUCUCAUCCCGCCAGCUUGUCGUAAGAAACAGCCAAACGCGUGAGAAAAUAGAGCGAGUGGGACUCGAUCUAGGUCGAAAAUUGAAUCUCGCGAAUCUUAUACAUGUAGUAUCUUGUAUAGUAAGCUUGCUUAACCGGCAAUGAGCGACAACAAGCAGGUAGGUGAAACUCCCAGUAGCGAGGUUGCUAACCAAUUUCGAAGCUGUAGGGAUCUUAGCGACAUUGUACCGCUGUAUCCGUCGCACGCGCUUUAUCUGAAACCUCUUGCCAAAGUUAACGUGUCGGUCACUCUGCCCCAACUGAAAACUCCAGGCAAAACAAUAUCGACAUGGGAGGUAAUGGAGAAGAUACGUGCGCUUAUACUGCCGGACGAGUUUGCAUCCCUGAAAGUGGCCAAGAGCACUCUGGAAUUCAUUCGGCUGGAGGGCGACCUGCGGGAUCGAUGCAGGUUGCCGAGGGUGCUAGCCAGGCUGGACUCGCAGCAGUUGAAUCUGGCUGGCUUUCCCAAUGUCCUCAAGGUCCGCGCGGCCGAGACGAAGGAUGACUUCCCAACCCGACACAGUUGGAACUCCUAUUUUAGGGAUGCGAAACACAUGAACGAGUUAAAGGCCGGCGAAAGGCCGGACACUAUUCACAUUAGCGGUUUGCCGGUCAAGUGGUUCACCGAGGAUAAUGCAAACGUACCGAGCGAAUCGCUUAUCACGAAGAUAUUUAAGAAAUGGGGCACAUUGAGGAGAGUCGACGUGCCUGUUGCGGACCCUUAUAGGUCCAGAAUGCGGCUUGGUAAUAAUAUUCACAAGUUCAGUUUCGAGGACGGUAUAUUUUUUGACGUGUACAUACAAUAUGUCGAAUACAUGGAUUUUGUCAGAGCGAUGGACGCUCUGCGCGGCAUGAAGCUGUUAAAAAAGGAUGGUCAGACCUCAUUGACUGCGGUAAUAAAGGUUGAUUUUGACAAGACUAAACACAUGAGCGAUAGUUCAGUAUCGCAUCGAGAGUUCGAAAGAAAGCGUUUAAUAGCGCAAGACAAUUUAGCAGCGGAAAAACUUCGGAAGAGAGAGGAAGCAGAAAAGAAACGACAAGAGGAACUAAAAAAAAAACAGGAGGCAGAUUCGAUAGCGAAAGCAGAUCGACAAAGAAACCGAGAAGAAAAACGGAAACGAAAGGCCCUCACGAAGUUUCGUAAACAAGAAGAGGAUAAAGUCUCAAUGAAAAUUGCCAGAGAGGAACAAAAAUUGAUAAAAGCUCAACGGCAGUUGGAAAGUAUACGAUUGUUAGACGAGCUGUUUGAUAGAAUAAAGACAAAAGUGGAGAAGAAAGAGAUUAAGCUGGAUCAGAACAUAAAAAAGAAGGAUGAAAAGAAAAGCGAUCAAAAAAAUGAAAAUACUAAGAAAGUAGACUCAGAAAAUGACAAGAAAAAUAAGGAGAUCAAGAAAAAAAAGACAAAGAAAGAGAAAAAGAAAAAAAAGAAACAGAACAAAAUGCAGAAAAAACGAAAAAAGGGUGAUGAUACUGGCUCAGGUAGCACGACGGACGAAGAAUCGGAUAAAGAUAUAAACAAGAAAAAACUCAAGAGUGUCCUAAUAAAAAAUGAUAGUAGUGCGACUUCGUCUACAGCUACAACUCUUCCUUACGAUUAUUCCGAUUCGUUAUCAAGGAUAUCAAUGUUGCCUUCGAUGGCGCCAUUCCAUACGAUGAGGAUGCCAAGGUAUUCGAGAGCGCAGAUGAUGCAAUCACCAAUGUCAGAGUAUUCUGCACUCCAUCAUCCGAUGGUACCUAUGGGCAGGGGCCGAGGAUUUCCACGAUACGACAUGAAUUAUACACUUACAAAUCCUUAUUUGUAUAAUGGACAAUAUUAUGAGUAUUUUACACAUCUGGUUGAGCGAGAUUCGGCAAAACGGCGAUCGAGGAUACGUAACCGUCCAAGAUCAACAAACAGAUCAAUUUCAAGAACGAGGGCUAAAUCGGGUUCCAAGACGAAAUCUAGGACUGCCUCUAGAUCGCGUAGCAGGAAACGCAGCGGUUCACGUUCCAAAAGUCGUGACAGAAGGUUGAAGUCAAGAUCUAGAUCUCAUUCGCGAAGAUCAAGGACAAGAUCGAGAUCACGAUCGCGCAGAUCAAGAUCUCACCAGUCGAAGUCGCGAUUGCAUCGUUCGAGAUCACGGUCUAGGAAACGUUCUAGAUCACGAUCGCGCAGUCGUCGAAAAUCAAGAAGUAGAUCCAUUUCAAGGAGGAAAACAAGAUCAAGAUCAAGAUCAAGUUCUAGGACGAAACACAAGAAUAAAUCAUGUAGCAGAUCAAAGUCAAACUCCAGAACGCGUCGCUCUAGGUCCAGACGAAAAUCGCGAUCCAAAAGUCGCUCCAAAUCUCGUAACAGGAACCAUUAUAGGAGCAGACGCGGCGAGAGAUCAUCUUCCGUCAAAGUUACACGAGCGAGAUCACGACCCACAUCACCUAGACGGAAAUCACGCAGCAGUUCUUGGUCUCUACCAAAGUCGCCUGAUCGAAGAAGUUGUUCUUGGUCAAGAAAUGCUUCCGCAAAUAAUGUUAACGAACAAGACGUAAAUAAAAAACUCGAAAAAUCUACUCAAGAAGAGCCAACAAAGUCACAAGAAACACAAGAAGCAAAUUGAGAAGAUGUGUUGAUUUUAUGUUGAAAUGUAACAUAUAAAGAAAGAUUUUUUUUUAAGAUGCUACAUAAAUAAUCAAAUGCAAAUUUUUAGUAUA